AUGAAGGAGGCGACGCAGGGUCGAGUCGUGAAUCUCAGUCUUCCCCUGGAUCAGCCCUCCACCCCGAUGUACGGCCGGGACGCGUUCCAACAGAAACUCACGCAGGUCGCGCCUCAUGCCUUUGACGAAGUCUACGUGGUAAAUCCACAGUCAAGCUCCCAGUGGGACGAGUUUCUUCAUAUGAGCCUCCAGCCCGGCAGAUAUCUCAAGCCUACACUCAUUUACCCAGUUAAUCGCUCCAAAUACAACUCGGUCUCCGCCAGUAAUAUUCGCAAAGAUGGCCCGAAGCUCGGUGUGCAAGCGUGGGCUACGCACGGCAUCGCAGGCCGCGGCCUGAUGCUCGACUUUGGCAGGUACGCCAAGGCAAAUGACCUUGGAAUUUCGUAUCCGACCUCGGUCGCAGUGGCAGCAAGUCAGGGGAUCGACCUGAAGCCCGAGAGCCAGGGUGGCGACGUCCGCAUCGGGGACAUACUCCUUGUCCGCACGGGGUUCUUGGAGCACGAGGCGUCGUUGUCCGAGGAGGAGAAGGCGAAGAUGCAUCUACGAAGGCACGAAUUCUCACCCGACGACGGACAGCGCUACAUAGGCCUCCAACAGAGCGAGGAAAUGCUCGACUUCCUGCACGACUCGUAUUUCGCCGCCGUGGCUGGAGACCAGCCGGGGUUCGAGGCCAUGCCAUCGGAUGCUGGUACGUGGCCCGCCAUGAUCCUUUUCCGUUCUCCCACCCCAGCAACAAACGUCUGUUACGCGCGCAAAUAG